AUGAGUCUCCGAAGGUGGGCGUCUUAUCCAAUGAUAUUGGGGCGGGUUCGCCGGAGUUAUAAGCACGUGAUGCUGGUUGACGUAAAAAAAGUUUUACUACUCGGAGACCCGCUCAGCCGAGUCAAAAACCAGAGUCCCGAGUCAGUCUUCUUGUCAUCAACACCACCACCAUCACCACCUCUCUCAGCCAGACACCGCCCUAAGAACUCAGAGAAUACCCAUCAAAAAACAAAUACAAUCAACCCCGCAGUGAUAAUGGGUGGAGUUCGUGGAGUCCGACGGUUGUCCGCCGCAAUGCUGACGGAGAUUGUCAGAGCUACCACAAACAAGCCACACAAUAAAAGAAAGAACUCAGUCACCGAGUCAGGUAUGCUCAGUCGUCUCGCCAUGAACGAGUUUACCCUCAAGACCAUUCGUCUGGUGACGUCAUCCGAGUCAAUACGGGAAGCUAGAUUCCACUGUCUACACGGAUUGUUGACUAUUUUGGUGAAUAGAGACUAUAUGAAAAGCAAAACAUUAAGGUCCUCUUGCAUUGAUUGGCUGGUUGCUCGUUGGUGCAUGCUUUGUUACGCCUCUUUUAAAUUGUAAUACUCUUC